GGGUGCAUUGGUUUUUUACACUAUAUACUUUAUAUAUGUAAGGUUUUUAUUUGUUGUUGUGGGAGUGUUUCAUUAACUUUAAGCAUCAUCUCGUCCGUACAUAGAUUGUUGUCCGUACACAAUAGAUUUUACAUCCCCUCUUGCUCUUAGAAUGGGAUAAUUCUUGGUUAUCUCUUUUCUUCUCCUCCUCCUCCUUCUUGUUCUUCUGCUUCUGCUUCAACACAAGAAAAGUUUCUGGAAGAACUUUUAUUUUAUUCAGCUAAGAUUUGCUAUGCUGUUCUCAAAUCUGUUAUGCUUCCUGUAUUAAUUUCUGCUGCGUGUCACUAGGAAGCUCCUUAGUUGUAUGUCUAUGAAAUUUAAUCUUGGAGUGAGUCAAAAAGAAUCUGUUUCUUGACAAGGAUCUUCUGGCUUUGCAUAAAAAUUCAAGAUAAUUGAUGAAUUAGAUAGAUGGCUAUUCGAGUUCAAAACUUGUCAAAGAAAAAUUUUGAUGAAAGUUCUGCUCAUUUGCUAUCCUAUUCAUCUGUUACUUGCCCACCAUGGUGGCAUUCAAAUGAACAGCAAAUUGCACAGUCUUUACCCCAGAAUAUAAGCUUGAAAGUGGAAACUCCCUCCCAACUCUAUCAUAAUGCAAAGCUUUUACCAAACCAGGAAUUGAUAUCGGCUCAAGCAAUUGGUCAAUCUCAUCAUGAAGUGGGUGCCAUAGGAGUGACCAAUUCUCAAAGCAGCUCAUCUGAAUCUGGUCGGGAUGAAAGUUGUGGGAAGGGCAUUGAGGGUCAAAUGAAGCCAGUUUUUUUGCUUAACAAUCCACGCACUUUGGUCAGCCCUUCUCAUCCAAAUUAUAACCAUUCAAUGGCUUUUGCACGAUAUCCUUACACUGAUGCUUAUGUUGGUGGACCGUUUACCCCAUAUGGACAACACGCUAUUAUUCAGGCCCAGAUGGCAGGAAGUUCAUCAACACGAAUUCCACUGCCUCUUGAUCUUGCAGAAGAUGGGCCCAUUUAUGUCAAUGCAAAACAAUAUAAUGGGAUUCUCAGGAGGAGGCAGAAUCGUGCAAAGCUCGAGGCGCAAAACAAACUUGUCAAAUCUCGAAAGCCAUAUCUUCACGAGUCUCGACAUCGGCAUGCACUGAAUAGGGUUAGGGGAUCAGGUGGACGUUUUCUUAGCAAAAGGAAGCUCCAACAGGCUGAUCCAACUUUUAACACAAGUUCCCAUUCCAUCUCUGAUGCUAGCUGCUUAGACCAAAACAACAGUAGAUCAGAACUUGAGACUCGUUGCUUGCGGACGGGAGAAUAUGCUGGUUCAAGUACAAGCUGCUCUGACAUCUCAAGUGUCUCCAACAAUGAUGGCAAUUUCCAGCAGCCAGAACACAGAUUCUUGGACGUCUCCCCUCGUGCUGGCAGUACGUGCAAUGGAAUACAACACUGUGCUUCAGUUGUCCAGUGAGAAGGGGCAGCGAAGCCGGCAACUCAUCCUUGGCUUUAUCAAUCAUCACUUCAAUUAUCUUUCAUGCAUACCGUGUAAAGUGUCUCUGACUGCACACUGUCGUCUAAAUCUGUUUCUGCCUUCUGCUUUUACAUUAUGGAAUGACAGCAUUGUUCAAAAGACUUUGGCUUGGAAUUUUAUUUCAGUUAUCCUGGUUCUUGCUUAUCGUGAAUGUUAUUUAUGUCAACCAUGUAAGAUCUUUUCAUAAUUUCAGACCACUUUUAUGCAAAUAA